AUGGUCAACACAACCCAGCUCGCCCUCUUGGCCACGGCCGUGCUCUCCGCCACUGCGAUGGAGAUCGACUUCCACCGCUUCAGCACCGACAAGUGUGAGGAGGCCUACCACAUCCGCAAGGACACCGAGCUGCACGAUCCUCACUGCAAGACCUUCUCUGAGAAUGAGGUGCCCUUCAGCAGCUUCAUGAUCAAGCCGAGCGAUGAAUUGGACGAGGACAGGGACAACAUCUGCACCCUCACUGCUUACAGCAUGGCGGACUGCAAGGGCCAGGCUGAAGUCUUUCCCCAAAUGAGGGACUACAUGGGCCUAUGCUCUCCGCUGCAGCAGAUCGCCGCCCACUCCGUCAAGAUCUCCUGCGUGCCCAAGCCCAAGCCCGAGCCGACCACCCCGAUCGUCAGCUUUGUCUCGCACACCAUGGAGCCCCCCCACAGCGACCCGACCUACGUCUACUCGAUGACCAACGCUCCUGAGCCGACACCGGCCGAGCCGACGCCGACCGAGCACAAGACCGUCAUCCUCUACCCCGGCAAUGACGAUCACGCCGAUGAUUCUACGUGGCUCAAGUGCUCCAUCGAUGGCAAUGGCAACAGGGUCAACAAGCGUGGCGAGGCUUGCUGA